UCAACGCAUUUAUGCACAGUGCAGUAUACCAGUCUGUAUUAAACGCGCACACACACACACACACACGCACACACACAGUUUUGAUUUAUUUGUUAGCUUGACAUGAUUAAAGAACCUUUAAAAAACCCAAUGUGAGAUCAGUAAUUAAUUCAGUUUUCCUUUUGAUACUGUGGUAACGGAGUCAUUACAAAAUAAAACACAAAAUAUUACAAAAUGACAUUCUACGUAAUAACUUUUGACUUUUAAGCGAUGUUUUAGAUUAAAAUAUAUUUUUUCCAGAUACUUUUCAGCGACUUGGAUCUUCUCAGUGAGUGAAAGUGACAUUUUCUGUAACCACGGAUGAUUUUACCAAUUUAAAGGGAAAAUGUGGUAGUUGGUGCAGGAUUAACAGACACAUUUUAUCAUAAAAAAAUAAAAUUUUUAAAUAAUUUAAUACAGUAAAAUUAAGCGACUGACUAGGGCUUUGUUAACAAAAGACAAAAUCUAUAAAAUAUUUUGAUUACACAAAAAAAACUAUUUUAGACUGUAAUUCGUAAAAUAUUCGAAUAAUAAAAAAAAUAACAAUUUGGAUAAAAAAAAAACCUUUUACCCGCAAUUACAGAAUGAGCCGCCUAUAUUUUAAUGGUUAAUAAGGUAAUAUUCCAUAACUAGCAUCACCAAAAAAAUAAUACAUAUCGUUACAAAUGUAUUGUACAGAGUAACUCAACAAAACUUACCUCUUCCCGUAAAUUGAACAGUUUCUUGUUUCAUUUAUUGAGAAAGUGAAACUGUAAGAAUGCAUGGCAGCCGAUAGGGGGCGAGCAAGCCUCAAUAUUAUGAAAUUAGCAGUUUUAUAUUGUCAAUUGUGAAAAAUGCCUUAUAUAUUUGACAGUUUGACUUAACCCAGCUAGGUAUCCUUUCCUUUUCAUGAAGGUAAAAAUGUAUUUAGACAUAUUUUGUUUUUCAGCGUGACACGGGCCAUAGGAGCUGGUGGGUGAAUCCGUUCUCAUACAUAUGGGAAUAAAGUCAACAAGUUAUAUUUUAGUCAGGAGACAAAGACGAGAGUUUACAGCACCGACCAAGCCCGUUUUAUACUUUCAUAACAAUCUCUCUUUCUUUAUGUGUGCGUUAUAACGUUUGCUCAUUUAAUUCGUCUUCCGUUUAUUUUAGCGACAUGAUUUUCGAAGAACCCCCUUUUAUAGACUUCCGUGGAAACCCAUUCUGCGGCUUAUUCUCGAGCAAGCCAAUCGGCGCGGUCCAAACGUUCUAAAUUCUCAAGCGAACCGCGAAUGAGAACACCGAGACCACGCCCCCUUUCGCGCAAGAGACCCGACGGGCCUCUUCGAUUGAUUGAAAACUAAAAGGCUCUCCAGUUAUGAUGUUUGACGUCUCUCCAGAUCAGGACGUCCGCGCCCGUUUUCUUUGUACGUCCAGCAUAAUAAAGCCAGAGUUUCGUUUUCUACGUCAGCGUAUUUUUUUUUAUUAUUAUUUGUUUUAAACGCUCUCCUUUUUCUAGCCUAGAAACACGGGUUCGUGGUUGAAAUUGUAUUUGAAAAUAUUUCCCAACACAGUAAUUUUCCAGCGUACCCGGUACGAUGUGCGACGAGCUGGCUGGUUUGGCGCUCGAGGAUGAAGAGGAACAGAUGGACACCUCCGACACGCCGUGGUACUGGUUCUACAAGGCGAAGUGUGGCGUCUGGCACAGGGUUGAGGACGACCCAAAGGGUUUCAUCUCCAGUGACGACCUGGAGAGAUAUUACCUCAGAAACCCACAAGGCGUUAUAACCACGACUACCGCCGGAGGUCAGUUCCGGAUUAACUUCGCAGCGAGCAGGCAAGUUAACUUAAAAACUGGGAAAGAAAAACAUAUCAAACGUUCAUUUCAGAUCGCGAACGAAUUCAGAUGCAAAUGUGAUGAGAUUUCUCCAUCUCCUCCGGCACACUGGAAGGAUGUUGAUCCCAAAAAGCCUUAUCAGUUAAUCGCUCUGAGAAAAGAUAGCACUGAAUAUCAGGCGAUUGAGAAAUUUGCCAGGGACGACGGCUUACUGCACGAUUCCAUCAUAUCCAUCAAAAGAAUACAGAAUAUGGACCUCUGGGAACUGUUUUGUAGGAAAAAAAUCCAGCUGAUGAGGAUAAAAGGACAGUCGGAUAUCGAAGAGCAAAUGCUGUUUCAUGGCACGGAUGCAAAAAACGUUCAAUCUAUUUGCACAUUUAAUUUUAACUGCAGACUUUCGGACAAGAAAAGAAGGGGGCAUGUAUACGGCAAAGGAACGUACUUUGCAAAACACGCAUCCUUUGCUAUCAAAUACAGUAACACCAGGCAAGGAGCCAAAGUCAUGCUGCUUGCCCGCGUUAUUGUGGGGAAAUACAAAACAGGCCAUGAAGACUACUGUACGCCCAAUGACGACCUGAAAGAAAACGUCUAUGAUAGCUGUGUAGACAAUACGCUCUAUCCAAGGGUUUUUGUUAUCUUUGAUUCCAAUCAGAUUUAUCCAGAAUACGUGCUCGAAUAUAUAUAAAAAAUGAAUGACCUAGAAUGUGCGUAAAACAGCGGAAUAUUUAUAUACUACAGAUUAAUGCAGAACUGAGGUGCCUUUGGGGAAAUAUUUUUGCAAAUUUAAUGGAAUUCAAUGGAAGUCAAGUAGAUUUAAUGGAUUUAAAGGGAAGUCAUUUAAUGUUGUACCGUUUGAAAGUAACAUUUAUUUCCACCCAGAUGAAGUAAACAUCAUCGGAAGCUUCGCAUUUUGAGCAAAACUCUUCGAAAAAUCAUUCGAAGUUGGAGAGUUGGAGCUCGACGGAUACAACCCCAAACCUGUGAACAGAGUCCUACUUCAAUAAAUAUAUUUCUUGGCAA